AUGAUUGGAACAAUACCUGUUCAUGUGAUAUCAGUGUUUGUUGUACAUGUCCUGAAGAAUUUUAUUGUAGAACAGCAGAAAAUUGUUUGUUCACCUGAAUCUAGACUAAAUCAAACGAUACCGAGUUUGGUUGUAGGUUAUCUACUUGUUGAUUCUCUUCUUGCAUCUUCGUUUGAAUGUUUUUAUAAUGCAUCAUGUAUUCAAAUACGUAUUGAAUGGUAUUCAUUUGAAUCACACAAUGCUACAAUAGAUCCUUGUGUUCUCAAUGUGACUACACUUGAUCCAACAGUUGAUGAUCGUUUUUUCCUUGACACUACAUUGAAUAAUAUUGUUUCACAAUUAUUUAUUGAAGAUUGA